GAAAGAAUCGAGCAGUCGAGCUAGCAGUGAAAAUUUUUCCACACGUCGAGUUUUCAUUCUCGAAGGUUUUCCUCCGCGAGUAAGACCGUCUUUUGUGUUGUUCCGCCGUCGCCUUCAUUUUUUUGGUGCGCCGUUCGCUCCAAAAGGUUGUGUUGGGGGAGAGGAGUUUGGAGUGAGGGGCCAGUUUUUCCACUUUGAGAGAAUAAUAUUUUGGAGGAAAAUUUGAUGGCGUUGCGUAAAAAAGUUGUCGUGUUGGAAAAUUCUUAUGCUCGAAGUGAGAAAUAUCUGCAAAAAGUUCAUUGAGCUGGUGGUAAUUGUUAUUGAAGCGAAAAAAAUUUGAGGAGUGCAGCUGUCGAGAGUGAGAAUCCAUAUUUUGGCCCCAUUUCGGAGUGCUAGUGCUGAGGAGGAGAUCUAUUUUCGAGUGUCAGAGUGGAAGCGAAAAAAGAAGAUUUUUGACGACCCUUCAUCAUCAUCAUCUGCGUGGAAGAAAGAUUCUGUCGUCGUCAUUGCGUAAAUUUGCUGGGGUUCAAUUUUUCACAGCUUUCCGGAAUCGUGAAGUUGUGUUUGCAAAGGAGAUUUUCUGCAGCCAUCGGUCAGCAGCCAUAAUAUUGUUGUGAAUUGUGAGAGACAGGCGAAUGUUUGUGCAAAAGGUCCUUCCUGCGUUUCUUUAGAGCCGUAUCUAUCAGCUGCAGUGUGAAUAAUAAGAAAGUGUAAAAACUUCAUUUGUGCCGCAAAAGAAGAACAGUUUUGCUGGACAUCUUUUAAGGAAAAAACGUGAAGAAAGGUGUUGCACAAUAAAGUGUAAGAAGGGAUAAAAAACAGUGUAAUUUAUCAACCAGUACUGCAGCAGUGGUCCUUGGAAGGAACUGCUGUAAAAAGAAGCAAACAUCUCAAGUGGCAAAAAGAACAAAGAAGCAACUCAUUCAUACACCGUCAGUCUGGUCCAUCAGCAAGAGAAGUACAGAUCCAACAAGGACACGUUGAUCUGUCUCUCUUGGACGUUCUGAAAGCGAGUCAUUGCUGCACAGAGUAUCAGAGCUUAGCAACAGCGAGCAGUCUGCUGGAGCCUAGCUGAGGUGUUGGAGGAUUUGUGGGAAUUUGUCUUUUACUACUUACAAAAGUUCGGAUCAGAACAGGAAUCAGGAUGGCAUCAGCACCAACAGGAAGAAUAUUACCGUUAAGGAAGUUUUAGGGGAGAUCUUUUAAGAUUGCGCCGGUGGGCCGUAAAAGAUGCAUUACCUGUUCCAUUCCGCAAGAAUCGCAACUUCUGUCGAACCUAAAUGGAGCAACUGUCCGUGCAGCAAACCGCCAGCAGCAGCGAGUGAACCGAUUUUCCACACAGAGCUAGCAGCAUCCAGCACUAGUAGUAGCGAAGAAGCAGCAUUCCUUCAACUGCAGGCAGCAGAAUGGCCCGAUGUCCGCCAAUCGUCUUGAUAUUAACCGUGCUGCUCGUCAUUGUUCGUGUAGCAGAUCCUACGAAAUGUGCCCUAACGUCGAACUACGGCAGCAUUGGCUACAGUUUCAGCACACACCUGUUCGAUGGAGGCCGCGCACCGCAAGCGCAACUCCCGUCGGACUAUCCAACCUACAAUGAUGACAGUGAGGAUGUAAAUAGCUUUCUUAAGGUACUGAGCUGCUCCGAUACGGGGAUUCGAGUAGUGAACGAAGACUAUCUGCGACCGGUCAAUUCCUACAAGGGAGUAUUAUUAGAGCGUGUUCCCGUGGAACGCCCAGAGAGCGAUCACCUAUCGUUCAAAAAUGAGAACUAUUUGGAGGUCGUACAGUGGAGUGACAGUAAUGUCACGGAAAAGCAGCUAGAGUUGACUUUUGCGAGAGAGGAGAAAAAGUUUAUUAAUUUACUGAUACUAGAUCUAAGCGGAAACCGUCUUAGAAGUCUAAGGCGAGAUUAUUUUAGCAAACUAGACCGGUUGAAGCUGUUGAAAUUAUCCGAGAAUCAAUUAUCCAAUCUUCCAAGUGAUAUUUUCUAUGACUUAAUAAACUUAGAAGAGCUGCAAUUGCAGCACAACCAAUUGCUCGAGAUCGUGCCAGGUCAGCUGCGGCCACUGAACAAGCUGCGGAUUCUGAACCUGUCGAACAACACCAUUCACGAUCUUCCAAGAAACAUUUUCAAUGGACUGAACAACCUUACCGAGCUGUACAUGUCCAACAAUCGGCUGUACGUGGUGCCAUUUCAGAUCUUCAAAGAACUACGCUCGUUGGAAGUGCUCGACGUUUCCAACAAUAUGCUCGUUUCUUUUCUGGAUAAUUUCUUUCUCGCCAAUAAGCAGCUGCGCGUACUAAGACUGAAUAACAAUAUCAUCGAGAAAAUCUCGAAGAACACCCUGUAUGGCCUUAGAAAGGUUCAAACUUUGGAUCUCUCCUCCAACAAGUUGGUAUUCAUCGAUCGGAAUGCUUUCGAUACGCUGGAGGAACUACGCCACCUAAACAUCUCCAACAAUCAGAUCUACAUUCUUCCUUCGACGGUAUUUUCCACCUUGAAGAACAUUCUGUCUAUCAAUUUAAGUAACAACGUGAUGAGGACGCUACCCAACUCAAUAUUUUCCGGUCAGUUCAAGCUGGAAAGGUUGUAUCUCGAUGGAACCAAUUUGGAAUCGCUCAGCAAUUGGGUUUCACGACAAAACAAUACAAUAAAUAAGGAAAUCUUGCGCAAUCUACGCUAUUUAUCGAUCCGCAACAACACUCGUCUCAAGGAGAUCGAACCAUGCGUGUUUCGGAACGUCCCGAAUCUGGAAACACUGCUGUUGUCCAACAAUAGACUGACCAGCCUGCCGAAGGAGAUCGGCGAGCUAACUAAACUGCGAUACCUGGACGUCGCCAACAACGACAUCAUGUACAUACCGGAGCAAAUCCGGCAUCUGCAUCAGCUGCAGGAAGCGAAUUUCCUAAACAAUGACUACGGUUGUGAUUGCCACAUGUACUGGAUCCUCAGCUGGAUCGAUGAACUGCAAGCGGAAAACAAUACCCAAAAGAUAUACGAUCUGUUAAGCCUGUCGCAACUCAAGUGCCGCAGUGGCUAUCCGGGCGACGUCAUCAGAGUAUUGCAACACAUCAAUUGCUUCAAACCGGAACUUCUACAAGCAUCGGACAGCAAAAUGCACCUGCUCAAAUCGGAUGCCGUGCUGGAAUGUGUGUUCACGGGAAAUCCCCCGCCGGACAUCAUUUGGAUUACGCCGAAAAAUGAAAUUCUCCGUCACAGCCAGGAGCACGAUCAAAAAUCACUGCUAUUCGAAUCGUCAAGCGAGAGUAUUUCAAAUAAGUACCAACAAGCGGUGGAAUUCCAGAUGCUUACCGCCGACAACGUCACCGGGAAUGGUGCACUGCACGAAAACAUCGGAAUGGGCAUUACGCUGCUGGAGAAUGGAUUCCUCCGUAUUCACAAUAUUUCCCGGAGGGACAGCGGAUUGUACACGUGCUACGCUCUUAACAUAAUGGGCAAUGCCACCGCGGGGAUAAGACUGUACAUCGAUCCCAUCGUGUUCUAUCGGGUGAAGAUAGGCAGCAUCAUUACCGGGGCCAUCUCGGCUGCGGCGUUCCUGGCGCUGACGCUCAUCUUCCAGGGAAUCCGCCGUGUGUUCAUCCGGUUCCGCAUCAUCGAGCUGAUCUGUCAGAACUGCUGCAGUUAUUGCUACCGCAGUGAUAAGACGUCUUCGAAGGCACGGCAGAUAUACGCCAUGCUAGACAACAUUGAGCAUUACAAGAGUCAACAGUUGGAACGGUUGCGGGAGAAUUAUACACAGCAGGUCCACCGUAUCAAGGAUAAUUGUGCCCAGCAGGUCGAAUGGAUUCAAGAUGGCUACAGUACUCAGGCCAAGCAUUUGCGAGAGAUUCGUGACAUCGGUACACAUCACAUAACGACGCUACGGGAUCAAUACUAUGAUCAGGUGCGACGUGUCCGGGACUAUUCAACGAGUCAACUGAACUGGGUCCGGGAGAAUUACGUUUUCCAGCGGAACAAGAUCCGGAAGUUCAGUGCCCACCAGGCGCUGAGGCUACGGGAAGGCUACAAGUACCAGCAGCAAACGCUCAACAAGGUCCUGGAAAAUCUGCCCAGUUUCUACUUUGAGAACUGCCGUGGGCGUAAUGAGGACGAUGAGGAUUUCGACGGCUUCGAAGUUUACCUGAAGGCCAAAAUCGAAAAACUGUCGCAACUGGACCCGGUGGCAGCAUCGGCUGUCGUUGCUGCCGCCGUUUCGGCUGCCAAUGGCGGAGUGGUAGUUGGCAAGGCGCCAUCCAGCAAGUUCAACCUGGAAAAUAUGUCGGCCAAAAGCGUCGACGAGAGCAAAGCAUCGGUAUAUUUCACGCCGAACGAUGGCCACCUCAGUCCGGAGCCGCCACUGCAGCUGCAGCUGUCGCCAAUCCAUAUCAACUACAUCAACGACGUUACGAUGGGCGAGGGCACCUCGGUUCCGCCGGGGCCACUGGGCGGGGAUACACCCAAGUCGUUCAAAUCGGUUCUGGGAGGGGCUGUCGGGGGACUGGGAAUGCUGCCAAAUGUGGCAGGUGUUAGCGGCGAGGGCGCUGGGGUAGUUGUAAGGUCUAUAUUGAAGCCUCCGGGCAAGUUUAUGUAUGAUAGGAAUCUUCAAAAGUAUCGAAUGUGUUAUCAACCGAAUAGGCUUAGUGGGGGAUAUGGAGGGGACGAGAUGGAUGAGAGCAUGAGGUAUGAGUGUUACAAUGAUGCGAUAGAAGGUGGCGACUCGUGUGAGGAUGAACACAACUAUAGUCUGAAGCAUACAAGGAAGCAUAAGCGAAGGAGAAAAGCCGUUGGGAAACCGGCGGGAGGGAAGCAGCUGUGCGAGUAUGAAACUCUACUGAUGAAGAAUUUGGGUAGUGAUUCUAAGGAGGCUCAUUACAAGAUUAUUCACGUCAAUAAACUGGGUGGAGGAGUUGGAAUUGACCCAGUGGGAAGUGGUUGGACGGCUGGUCGAGCAACCUUCAGGAAGAAGCUUCCGAACAAUACCGAGUACUACAACUCGCUGGAGGAUAUGAUUCAGGAUAGUAAUGAGAAAAUUCGCAAGUUGAUAUACGAUUCUAAAAUUGACAUUAUGAACGAGGUGAUAACAGGGAGUAAUAGUAGGGAUAGGGUUAGCGUUAGUAGUAGAGGUAAUAUAGUGAACUUGGAAAACAGGGAAACAGAGCGACUGAAAAGAUCCUCUGGGAUUGGUACGAUGAUUCAUCAGAAUGUCCCUACGGCAGCAGUAUCUACAGCGAAUGUCGCUAGGAGCAAUAGCAAUAGCAGUAGUAAUAACAACAGCCAAAUCAAUAGUGGCAGCGAUAGUCGAGAUUCGCCUUCGACUGCGCAGAACCUCAACUACCAUCAGCCUUUGAAGAAGAUACAUAAGCUUCACUUCAAUUCCAGUACAAACCGCAUCCAGCAGAGCACUAGUUUGCCGGAGAUAUACUACGGUUGUUCACCGUCUAGUUCCAGUUCGACGCUGAUGCAUCACAACUCCGCCGUAACCGGUAGCGGACAGCCGUCGAAUGCGCUUACCACAGCCUCCAACAAAUCCUCCAACCAGUCGAUUGCGCAGCAACAAACCCUUUCGUCAGCUUCCUCAACCGGUUCCAAUGUGGCUCAUCCACCGUCUCCCCUACCCCCCAAUUCCUACCAUCAGCCAAAAGUGCACGGAAAACAUGUGAUCUUAGCGGUGGAAAAUAACGGCGGCCGCAGCAUCGAAACUAGCGACUCAUCUGAGCCAUCAUCGCCCAAACUUGACUGCAGUGGGUCUCAUUCCACCAGCAAGUAAAAAAAACCCAUCAUGUGAUUCGCCACAGAGCGCCACGUUGUCGUUGAAAUUUGAUAUAUGAUUGAACGUCAAGUUACAGUAACACUUUUGUCAACACGCAAAAUUAACAGAUUAUGAAUUACCUAGAGAGCGGUAGAGCUCCAUCUAGAUCGACAGCAGCAGCAUAAACACAUAGAUAUAACUGCAGCAAUUGAAUUUAACACAUAGCAAACUAUCCAACACUCCAAUUUCCGAUAGUUGAUUGAUGGAUAUCAUCGAAGAUUUUUUUUACUUACAUAUUUCCGUAUAACCAUUACCGAUAUCAUGAGAUACGCCCUACAGUUAUCUAAUUUUAUGAGCCAUUAGCUAAACCCCUAGCGCAGUAUGCUUCUCUCUCUUUCUAAUCAGUAGGUUUUCGAUUGUAAAUAUAACUUUAUGAUUGUAACAACUAUACCUUAUAAACACCCUUUGGUACCGUCAUGGUUGAAUUUGUGAGUAUGAUUGAUUGAUUAGCAGGGGCAAACGAGUAGGACUCUUUAUGGUCUCAACUGAAUAUCCCUUAACCCCUCUACCAGCAGCUUCAUUUUUUACCAUAAAAAAAUAUUCAAAUCGCGAUAUUUUAUUUUUCUAUUUCUUGAUAUUUUUGAAACAUUCUCUCCUUUUGAAUUAUUUCUUCGAAAUCGUCAGGCUUAUCGGAUCCCUAGAGGAUUACUUGAAAAUAUUUUAUAAGAAAUCCUUUU